GUCCUUUUUGUGACUACAUGCUUUUGUUUCUCCCUGCUGCCAUCGACGGGUUCGCCUGCCUUCAGGGAGGAGUAUAGAACUCAGUCAUAGCCAUAGGCAGGCAGACAGACAGAUCGAAGGACACAAAUCACAAACACGGCAGCAGCAGCAGCGGCGGCGCGGCCCCUGCUGCUAGCGUGGCGCCACCAGAGAUCAGAGCGUCAUGGAAGAAGAGGGAGGACAGGGUGAACCCCUGCUCGCCGCUCAGGCGGGCGCAGCGGCGGCGAUGGACUCUGACGGAGCCGGCAGCGUCGUCCCUUGGAUGGCGCGUGUGGUCUUCAUCUUCCUCACCUUCAACUCGGCCAUGGCCGUCAACCGGUCUAACGGCUACCGAGCUGAUGUCGCCUUUGUGGUGUCCAGCUACGCGUGCCUCAUGGCCCUUUUCCUCUGUCUGCGGCUGUUCGAGAGACCGCCGCCAGGAUCCGCCACCAGAGGGAUGGUGACGACGACGGUGCUCGCCGUCAUUUCUUCCUUCAAGGUCGCGGGCAUCAUGCCCGUCCCGGUGCAGCUACUGGUGUGGGGAAUGGCCGUCGCCCCCGUCGUCGGCGGGUUCUACGCGUUCUUCGUUUACUGGAAAAAACGGAAGGAUCAGACAGAGAGGGGCUUUGUGCUGGCGACCUUAAGAUCGCAGUCGCCUGAGGCGGACCUGCGCGACGCUGCACGGUCCGGAGCACGUUUGAUCGCGGACUCCGGCGCGACCAGGCACGCCGUCGGCGACAUCUCGCUCCUAGAGGGCUUCCAGCCCUACAGCCCCCCCUUGGUGGCGACGCAGGCAGAUGGGAGCUACCUGCGCAUCCUCGGCACUGGGCGCAUACAGAGGGGCAACUUCAGCAUCCCCAACGUGUCCCUCGUCGAGGGGCUGCGAGACGGCCUCAUCUCGACACCCCAGCUAGAUACUGACCACGGCCUGAUUUCCUGUUUCGGCAACGGAAUAUGCAGAAUUAUGGAGACCGACGGCACCGAGGUCGGGGGCGCCAUUCUUGAGGGGGAUGGUUCCUACGUGCUCCGCUUCCUCAAUGUCGCAGCACCAGCUCAGGUGCAAUAAGGAAGAUGCAGAUCCAAAACCCACAUAUAUAGCCAAUGCCAGGUGUUUCUUUUCUUCUUUUUCUUCAUCUUCCUUCCCCUUCCUCCUCCUUCCCCUUCUUUUCCCUCCUUUCUCCUCAUCAGACGUUGGAUCCGCCCUUGGCUAGCUCUUCAUGAUGGGUACGAACUUUCCAGGUUUCAUUCAAUACGUAAGGUAGUGUGGACAUACUCACUUUCCCCCCUCUAGACUAGAGAAGUGACUCGCAUUAUUGAUCUGGAAUACCGCGAGUGGAAUGAGAAAAAAAAUUGUGGUGGCUGUCGCUUAUUUGAUUUAUGGUUUUCCUUACUGUGGUUAUUACAGAAAUUUUCUUUUUCUGCA